AGUUUAGCAUACGCGCAGAAUAAAGUGGCGAAGAUGGACGAUAGCAAUGGGAACGCCAAAUCUAUUAACAUUUUUCGGAUGAUUUUAUGGGUUUUUAUUGUCUUAACAUGGGGUGCGUAGCGAUUGGAUUAUGGAUGUUAAUAGAUAAAAAGAUAUCUCAACCAUUACAAAUAUUCAAAAGAAAGCCUGAUGAUAGACACCUCCUAGCAGCACCAGCAGUUCUUUUGACGGCCGGUAUCAUUAUCAUAGGUAUGGGAGUCUUGGCAAUGUUUGGAUAUAUGAGGAAUAGUAGAAAAUUAUUGACAUUGUAUGGUGGUUUACUGUUUAUCGUUAUGCUCUUCGAAUUGGUUGUUGGCUUUAUGGCUGUUCAUUUUGAAGAUGAAAUCCAUUUGUAUGUUAAGAAAGGUAUGAAAAUAUCCAUCCGGGAAUACUACGAAUAUGAAAAUAAUGUUGGAAAAGCGUGGAAUUGGGUUCAAGUGAGAUACAAAUGUUGUGGAGCAGAUUUUUCCAGUGAUUAUCAAAAUAGUAAAUGGUUUGUCAGAGUUAACAAGGGCAACAACAUAAAUCAAAAUAAACAGUACGUACCCAGAACUUGCUGUAGUCUAGCUCAAAAUGAAGAUCCUAGAAAAGCGGAUACUCAAAAUCCGAAUAUUAUCAAUUUUCGGAGGUGUCAAGACGAAGCUUUUGGUCAACAACAGGGAGGAGCUAGUUUAAAUAAUAAUGGAUGUUUUGCACAACUGCUGAAUAGAAUGGAAAGGAUUAUAACGGCUCUUAUGACAUUAGGAUUAAUUGUUGGUCUUUGUCAGGUUUUCGGACUGUUAAGCGUUUAUGUUGUUGUUAAACAAUUAAACUCGAAGAAAGCUUGA